CUUUCAUUUAUCAAGAAAGCGAAGCAUAAGUUGAUUGCUUUGCUCAGAAUGUUAUGACUGCAAUGUUUCUGUUCUUGUUUCUGUCUCUCUCGAGGAUCACUUGCUCAGUUGCUGAAGAAGCUUCGAUUAUCGUGACACAGAUUCCUGAUCGAGAGAUUAUAUGGAUGGGAGGAAACAUUACUUUCCAUUGCAUAAUCCCUCUUACGUAUGCCCAGUCAGGAAUUGAAGUGCGCUGGCAGAAGCAGGGGGAGAAUGAAUACCUACAAAAUGAACUUACUGGCAGGAAGAGAAUAGGCAGCAAAAAUAAAGGAGGGGGCUAUUUUCAACUGCUGAACGCGACUGCCCAGGAUACGGGAAUCUAUCAGUGCGUAGUCAUGCGUGACGGAAAAAUCAUAGGAGAAGGAGGAGAAUCAAACCUGACAGUGUGUGCUGCUCCAACUCCAUUGACCCUUUCAUCCAGGGUUCUCAAGGACUCAUCUGCGACUGUGGCACUUGUCUGUGAAACGGCUGAGUUUUACCCUGGAGAAUUAACUGUUACAUGGUAUAAAAACGGUACUACGGCCACAACAGAUACAAGUACCUAUAAACACGAAAAUACUGAACGGUUGUUUAAAGUUUCCAGUUCCUUGCAAGUAAAACGAUCAGAGGUGAACGAGACUGUUUACAUAUGUUUGGUGCAACAUAUCUCGCUAAGGACUCCUGCCAUUGCUAUACACACUGUUCCCAGUUCUUACCGAGAACUCGAUGGCAAAUUUACAACCAUCUGGGCUUUUGGCUGCGCAAUUGGUGGCAUGGCAAUUUUGAUACUUCUAAUUAUCGCUGGCAAGAAAUGCAUUUUCAUGAAUAAAAGUAAGCACGGAGAUACUGAUACUGCCGACCAUGAAGAUUUGGUUGAAGAGAAUAAAAUCCUGACUUAUGCUGCUGUAGAUACGAGCAAUUCCAGCCGGAAGCGGAGACAGAAAGGUGAAGAGGAGUCAUCGUACGCACAAGUAAAGCACGAGGCUGUGCAGGAAGGACUGACAUAUGCCACUGUAAAAUUAUCUGAAUCAGGAAAAACAGAAAAGCUCAAGACAAAGAGUAAGAACACGGAGUAUGCUGAGCUGCAAAGGGCAAAGCCUUAAAAGACCAAAGGAAGACGUACGUGCAAGAAUAAGAAUAACAUGUAACUGGAUGGCGAUAAUUUCAAUUUCCUGAAUUUUUUUUUAUCCUGCACAAAUUCCAAUGAAAAAUUAUUUUUUUCGGAUUCGAAAAGUGACGUAUGCCCGCAGUUGUACUUUUCUGCGCAAACAGUUGAAGGCUUCAUUAAGGCUUCAUUGGCUUGUGCUAGCCAAAUAUCGAAACCGACACUCAUCUUUAAUUAUUCAGUUAUUUGUCUGCAAAUUAGAUUAGCGCAACAAAAUCUAUUUUACGAAAAAUCAGUUAUUUGAAAACUGAAGAACAUAAUAAUUAGGGUUAUUGAUUAUGAAGUGACACGCUAAUUAAAGCUAAAUGCUGCAAAUCCGAUUUCAUUGAUUGAAUAAAAAUCACGCCUUGUCUUUUAAAAGAAAAUGAGAACAAUAUUGUCCUUCAUAUUUUCCUUUCUUCUAUUGUAGCUCAUCCUCUUAGAGUUGUCAGUCAGUACAGGGAUCACGUUUCACGCGAAAUUGGCUGGUUCGCUAUUCCUUCUUGGAUAGUAUAUUGACAAUCCUUUCGAAGUGCGCGGACUCGAUUUUUGUCUUCUUGAAUUAUCAAUGUACGAAACGCUCGAUAAAAUAUUCUGGGGGAAAAGCAGAAUCCAGGGAUACUGCAUGUACUGUAAAUUUAUUUAUGUAAAGAUAUGAAUACAGACUUCUAUAA